AUGGCCGAUAUAUCACACAGCCCAAUGCCCGAAGACCCCAGACGUUACCACAAGCUAGGAGCUCAAUAUCAGAAAUGGAUUGAUGAUCCCAGUUCAAAGGGCUGCAAGGUAGCAACUGCAACACUGACCAGGGAAAGAAUGCUCGAUCAACCUCCUGGGUCGGCUCUUUGGCUAAUGGAAGAGGAAUUCCUCACCGGUGCACCAAAAGAAGACCUUGAGGGUGGCGAUCCAGUAUCGAUGAACAUUACACUGGAAAGGGUAUAUGUAGAGACAGUCGUGACUAACAAAUCAAAAAUGAUGGGACUGUGGCUAAAGAACACAUACCAUCACAUCAUGGGGCCCGGAAUCAUCAUUGCUGCGAAUAUUUCCAGGAAAUGUGGCCCUCACUGGAAUGAAAUUGCCCAAGCUCUCUACGACGCUACUUUCAAAAUUCAAACCCUGAGACACAUCGUAUUUACCGAUGUAGUCAACUUGGAAACGGCAGGGUAUGUUGAGAAUGAGCUUUACCCCAAGUGCCGCAACAACAGCGAAAGAUUUUGCCUGGAACUUCAGUACGAUACCCCAGAAUACCAGAAGAUACUAGGCACAUCUCUAGGCAAGGCUGCGGCUUGUCUUGUUCUAUCUACUUUCCCUAGAGGUACCAUGCGUAUCUCGCGCGCCCUCACUUGGCGAUCUAGGUAUGGUUCUGUGACAGUUCGGUUUGAUAUUAUCCCUGCUCGGUGA